GCACACAGUUAUCCAACACUGAUUGCUGAUUGCUGACUGCUCCUCACUUUUCUUCGUUCAAUUUCGCGGCCAAUCCAAUGCUAAAUCCGCUUCCCAAACACUCUUUAUUCGAAUCUUCCUCCCCGGCCCAUCAAUUUUAACGCCUUGUCUGAGCUGAGCUCAAUAUUAGUUACACACUAAAGCAGUUAUCAUCACGAUUAGGUGCUUUUUUUUUUUUCUUCUUUGCUUUUGAGAGAUCGAGAUUGAUACACUGCUGCGUUUGCGGUUUGCCUCCUGAUGGCUCUUCAUUCAAGUGCUUUCUGCUUCAACAGUGUGGCCUUGGACUCUCGUAAUUCAGCGAGAUUUUAUACUCAACGGACUGGCAGACCGUCAGGUUUUUCUUGUCAGCCGCUUGCUCCGGUUGCGCGGUUGAACUUGCAAGGAAAAGCAUUUUCUGGUGAUGGAGUGCCUGAAACAAAGGAAUCCCCCCUAGUUGUUUGUUUUGGGGAAAUGCUGAUUGAUUUUGUCCCAACUGUUAGUGGGAUUUCAUUGGCUGAAGCACCUGCAUUUAAAAAAGCUCCAGGAGGUGCACCUGCUAACGUUGCUGUUGGCAUAGCUCGUCUUGGUGGCUCAUCAGCUUUUAUAGGGAAGGUUGGUGAAGAUGAAUUUGGCUACAUGCUUGCUGAUAUAUUAAAGGAGAAUAAUGUGAACAAUGAAGGGAUGCGUUUUGAUCCUGGUGCACGAACUGCUUUAGCAUUUGUUACUCUAAGGAGCGAUGGGGAGCGUGAGUUCAUGUUUUACCGUAACCCUAGUGCCGAUAUGUUGCUUCAAGAGGCUGAACUUGAUUUCGACUUAAUUAGGAAGGCAAAAAUCUUUCAUUAUGGUUCUAUUAGCCUUAUCACUAAACCAUGCAAAUCAGCCCACAUUGCUGCAGCAAAAGCUGCAAAGGAUGCUGGUGCAGUACUAUCUUAUGAUCCCAACCUGAGGCUUCCAUUGUGGCCUUCUGCCGAAAGUGCAAGAGAAGGAAUUUUUAGCAUGUGGGAGACUGCAGAUAUUAUCAAGAUAAGUGAAGAAGAGAUUUCUUUUCUAACUAAAGGGGAGGAUCCAUAUGAUGACAACGUUGUUCGAAAAUUAUUUCAUCCGAAUCUUAAAUUACUCCUUGUCACUGAGGGCCCAGAUGGUUGCAGAUAUUAUGCCAAGGAUUUCAGUGGGAGAGUCAAGGGCUUGAAGGUGGAUGCUGUGGACACCACUGGUGCUGGGGAUGCUUUUGUUGCUGGAAUAUUGUCACAACUAGCUGUUGAUCUCUCCUUGCUUCAGAAAGAGGAUUUACUGAGAGAUGCUCUCAAGUUUGCUAAUGCUUGUGGUGCAUUGACUGUGACGGAGAGAGGUGCAAUUCCGGCUUUGCCAACUAGAGAUGCUGUGCUGAAUGCCAUUUUUCAGUCUGUAAUAUAGAUUUACAUUCCAAUUCUGUAUUUGUGUAAGUACAUUCUUGUUUCCUGGCUAUUUGUUCAAACAUAAUGAUGAUAGUGCUGAAUAAACAAAUUUUAGAAGAAAUAAUUUAAGCAUAUCCCAGUUCGUUUUCUUUUUGUAUCAUUAA